GUGGUGAAGGCGCAGAAUAACAAUGUAUGUAUUACAAGGCGUAGCAAUCUCGAUUGAGGUGUUUGUAGCUACUAGUUUGCGUCACGAUUAUAUAUCCAUCAAUACAAUGCCCAGACCUGAGUCCCUCAUUUAUUUCAUCUUCUGAGAAUAGCUGUAUUCGUUUUACGUGUUCUGCAAGAAAAGACAGUAUGCGUCAAACAGACGUCCUCAUAAUCGGUGCCGGGAUGUCAGGCAUUGGUCUCGGUGUUCAAUUGAUCCGCAAAUUCGGCACCAGGAACUUCGAGAUCAUUGAGAAAGACUCUGGAAUGGCCGGGACAUGGCGAGUCAACAGCUAUCCAGGCUGUGGAUGCGAUGUUCCAUCUCAUUUUUACUCUUAUUCCUUCGCUCUCAAUCCCAACUGGUCUCAAGCAUAUGCUAUGCAACCUGAGAUCCAAACCUACUUCAACGAUGUUGCCAAGAAGUACGAUAUUGAGAGACAUGUAAGGUUCAACUCAGUUGUUGAGUCUGCUCGUUGGGACGAGUCUUCUGGGACUUGGGAAGUCACCAUCCGAGAUAUGACGACAGCAGAAAUUCUCAUCCGUCGUUCCAAAGUUCUUAUCUCGGCUGUUGGUGCCCUCUCUGUCCCCAAAGAGUGCGACAUUCCCGGCGCUUCUGACUUUGAGGGGCGAAUGUUCCAUACAGCUAAGUGGGAUCAUUCGCUCAAUUGGAAAGAUAAGGAAGUUGUCAUAAUAGGAAACGGCUGCAGCGCAACUCAAGUCCUCCCAGCCAUAAGCUCAGGAGGCAGCGCCGUGAAGAAAGCAACCCAGUUCGCAAGACAAGCGCAUUGGCUUGCUGAGCGUCCUAAUCCAAGGUACUCGGCCACUUUCAAGUGGACUAUGAAAUGGAUCCCCUUCAUAAUGCGCUUAUAUCGUGCAUGGUUAUACUACCUCAAAGAGCGAGACUUUGCAGGCUUUAGAGUUGCCGAAGGUCUUCAAAUCCGGAAUCAGUGGGCGAAAGAUACUACUAACUAUAUCCGAAGGACGGCACCGGCUGAGUAUCUGGACUUUCUGGUUCCCAAAACUGAGGUUGGCUGCAAGCGAAGGGUAAAUGACACAGAUUACCUUGCUUGUUUGCAUCAAGAAAAUGUCGAGCUGGUAUAUGAUGACCCUAUUCAGAAGAUUGAAGCGAAAGGUGUACGAACGUCUUCUAGAAGGUUGAUAACAGCGGAUGCCAUUGUCCUUGCGCAUGGCUUUGAGACCCAGAAGCCACUCUUCCCCAUGAAGAUAUACGGAAAGGGUGGUGUCAGCAUCAACGAGCAUUGGGAUCAAGUCAGUGAAGGCACGGCGUCAUCCUACUUUGGAACAUGCCUCUCGGAGUUCCCCAACUUCUUCAUCAUGAUGGGUCCAAACACGUUAAGCGGUCAUCUAUCAGUAAUUUACACCACCGAGUGCCAGAUUAACUACACAAUGAGAGUUCUUCGCCCAAUUCUUUCCGGAAAAGCAGACAUCGUUGAGGUUACUCCCGAAGCUGAGAAGAAAGACAUUGACAGAGUUCAAGAGAAAGCUAAAAGCCUUGUAUGGGCGACAGGAUGCACAUCGUGGUUUAUCGAUGAAAAGACAAAUAGGAACACGAUCAUGUUCCCGGACUGGCAGUUCAAGUUCUGGUUGCGAAGCGUAUUUGUUGCAUGGAAUGAUUUGGAGUAUCGAAAUGUCAUCACUAACAAGCCCGCCAAGAUGUCGCGAGUUGGUUUAUCGCUCCUUGCCGUGGCGGGUUUAGUAGGUUUGGGGUCUUUUUACAUUCAGAUCUUGAGGUCAUAGCUGUUCACUUGAAGAGCGACGACUGAGCAGAAGGUGUUCAAGAAGAGAGAUCACUGGUAGAGACAUAUUUGAGAAAGG